CUGACCACGCCCACCGCGCAGCCCCAUUGGGCGAGGGGCGCCCGGGUGUCGGUGGGUGGGGCUUAGGGCGUGACUCCGCCCCUCUCGGCCCCGCUCACCGCCCCGCCCGCUCCGGCGCUCAGCGCCAUGGGCGAGGGGGAGCCCAGCAUGGCCGACUACCUGAUCAGCGGCGGCACCGGCUACGUGCCCGAGGACGGGCUGAGCGCCCAGCAGCUGCUCAGCGCCGACGGGCUCUCCUACGAUGAUUUCCUCAUCCUCCCCGGCUUCAUCGACUUCACGGCUGAUGAGGUGGAUCUGACGUCGGCGCUGACGCGGAAACUGACGCUGAAGACCCCUCUGGUGUCCUCCCCCCGGGACAGCGUCACGGAGGCCGACGUGGCCAUCGCCAUGGCCCUGAUGGGCGGCAUCGGCAUCAUCCACCACAACUGCACCCCGGAAUUCCAGGCCAACGAGGUGCGCAAGGUGAAGUUCGAGCAGGGCUUCAUCACGGACCCGGUGGUGAUGAGCCCCGCGCAGACGGUGGGCGACGUGCGGGCGGCCAAAGCGCGGCACGGCUUCUCGGGGAUCCCCGUCACCCACAGCGGCCGCCUCGGGGGGCGCCUCGAGGGCAUCGUCACCUCCCGCGACAUCGACUUCCUGGGCGAGAGCGACCACGGCACCCGCCUGGCCCAGGACGGGGUGGGGACGGUGGCCCCACAGGUGAUGACCAAGCGCAAGGACCUGGUGGUGGCCCCGGCCGGUGUCACCCUCAAAGAGGCCAACGAGAUCCUGCAGCGCAGCAAGAAGGGGAAGCUGCCCAUCGUCAACGAGCGGGACGAGCUGGUGGCCAUCAUCGCGCGGACGGACCUUGGGAAGAACCGGGAGCACCCGUUGGCCUCCAAGGACGCGCGGAAGCAGCUGCUGUGCGGAGCGGCGCUCGGCACGCGCGGCGACGACCGCUAUCGGCUGGAGCUGCUGGCGCAGGCGGGCGCCGACCUCGUCCUGCUGGACUCGUCGCAGGGGAACUCCACCUAUCAGGUCGCUAUGAUUCAGUACAUCAAGAGCCGCUACCCCCAACUGCAGGUGAUCGGGGGCAACGUGGUGACGGCGGCGCAGGCCAAGAACCUGAUCGACGCGGGGGUGGACGCGCUGCGCGUGGGGAUGGGCUGCGGCCCCCCCGCCAUCGCCCUGGAAGGGGGGGCCUGCGGGCGCCCGCAGGGCACGGCCGUCUAUAGGGUGGCGGAGUACGCCCGGCGCUUCGGCGUCCCCGUCAUCGCCGACGGCGGCGUCCGCACCGUGGGGCACGCGGUGAAGGCGCUGGCGCUGGGGGCGUCCACCGUGAUGUUGGGGUCACUGCUGGCGGCCGCCGCGGAGGCUCCGGAGCUGCUCUUCCCCGAGGGGGGGCGGCUGCGGCCGCCCCGAUCUUUGGGCCCCCCCGAUGCCGAGCGCGGCCCCGGCCAGGGGCGCUGCUGCAGUGAGGCGGAGGCGGUGCCGGGGGGGUCGGCGGUGCCCCCCCGGGGUUCCAUCCCCCACCUGGUGCCGUACCUCAUCGCGGGGAUCCAACACGGCUGUCGCGACAUCGGCGCCCGCAGCCUCUCGGCGCUCCGAUCCAUGAUGUACUCGGGGGAGCUGAAGUUUGAGCGCCGGACGGCGGCGGCGCAGAUCGAGGGGGGGGUCCACGGGCUGCACUCCGUUACGGUUCUGCCAUGUACGAGAAGCGGCUCCGCUGAGGAGGGGGCUCACGGCAGGGCCCCCCCGGCAUCGCCAGCGCCGUGCCCCGGGACCCCCGGGCUGCCCCCCCGCUGCCCCCCCGGCACCCCCGGCUCCGGGGGGGGGCUGCGGGGGGGCUGCACCCCAUAGCUGCUUGGGGGGCACAGAGGGGGUCUGACCCCCCUGAACCCCCCCUCCCAGGGAUUUUGGGGGGCUGCACUCCAUAGGAUGUAGCACCUGCCCCCCCCCGGAGCCGCUUGGGGGGCACGGAGGGGGUCUGAUCCCCCCAAGGGAUUUUGGGGGGCUGCACCCCA